UUUGGCUCUGGCUGGGGAGACUGCUGCUGAGGGAAGGCCAAAACGCCAAAACGUUCCAAACUUCACAUUCGCUCCGCAAGAGCGCGCCACCUGUGUUCCUCUACGGAGUCGUCUGAUCACAUCAUCAUGGCGCCGCCGCCAAGAUCCUUGCGUUUAUCGUUAGACUUUAACUACAUGUUCGGUGUGGAACACUUGGAGCUGUUCUGGGAUAAUUAUCUUCCAUAAGUUUUGCUUCAUUACCGCCGUGGAAUAUUGCAUCGUCUUUCGGUAGCCAGUUGAGCUGCCGUUACCACCAGCAGUUGAGGUUAGGGAGGCACUACUCCUACGGAAGUGUUCAUCCUUUGAUCCUGUUGCAAUGUUGACAACAGCCGGCCCGCCCCGCGCCGCCCGCGCCCUCCGCCGGGGAGCUGCUGCCGAGCCUGAUCCCGGGACGUGCGGCCCGCCCCCGCCGCUGCGCCCCGCCGCUGCCGUCGACCAUGCCGUCGUCGCAGUGACACCGAGGUGGCGCCGGUCGCCCUGCCAAAGGUGCCCGCCCGCUCGCUGCCCCCCGUGCCGCCCUCAGCGGCAGGACCCACCUCCCAGUGCACCCAAGCCAUCGCCAUGUACUCGUGCCCCUUCAGCCAGCUGUCCCUGGGCGACAACCGCCGGGGCAGCCAGGACAGCCACCGUGGCUCGGCGUCGGGGCCCUCGCGCCAGGGCUCGCUGCAGGCGGGCGCCGCGCCGGGCGCAGCCCUCGUCGAGGAGGACGCCGAGGACGUCAGCACCCUGAAGCUCAAGCACCUCAGCGAGGCCGUGUCCCUUCUCAGCGACCCACCGAGGGAGGCACUGAGAGUGGCUGUCCAAGGGCUGCUGUUGGCACAGCCCGAGUGGGGGCCUCUCCAAACAGCACUGGGGAGACUGAAUGAGGAUGCGUCCUCCGCGGACUACCUCAGCGACCUGCACGUCGUCCUCAGGGAAAACGGCGCGGACGCGGAGACCCGGCUGGAGGAGGUGGGCGCGGCGCUGAUCCGCAACGCCUGCCGCGAGCCCCGGCAGCGGCGCGCGCUGCACUGCCUGGGCAACGACCUGAGCGAGUUCCUCACCACGCUGGACGGCGUGCACGACGUGCUGCAGCAGGGCGAGGGCGUGCUGCCCGCCACGGCGGCGCAGGCCACCUGCACGGCCGAGCCGUCCGCCGCCUUCGUCUGCACGCGGACGGACGCGCCCGGCGCGCAGCGGCAGCAGCUGCAGCUGCUCUUCAGCACGCAGCGGCCCGCGGCGGCGCACCUGCUCGUCGGCUCGAUACGGGCCAUCGCCAAGCACCUGCACGCCACCGAGGCCGACAUCCGCCUGGAGGGCGCCGAGCCCGCCUCAAAGGACGGCCGGGGCGGCUUCCGGUACAGGUACCUGAUCACGCCCGGCAGCCGGAGGGGCUCGCAGAGCGCCGCGGGCCUGCCGCCGCCCUCCACCAAGGCCGCCGACCUGCCCAUCGGCGUGUCCACCUUCUGCAAGGCCUUCCUCUGGCACCUGGUGCUGGACCGCAGCCUCGAGCUCGUGCAGCUGGGCGCCGGCUUCAUGAGGAUCUUCGGCAAGGAGCUCCACACAACCGGCGCCGCGUUUAGCAAUUACUUUACCCUCAAGCGGCCGAAGGGGCUGACGCUCUCCUUCGAGGCCAUCUUGGAGCGGGUCAACACGCCGUUUCUGCUGUCGCUCCGGAGGCCGCCGGGGGUCGCGGAGUUCAAAGCGGAGGACUUGGAGAUCAAGGGCCAGAUGGUGUACUGCCCUGAGUCGGACAGCCUGCUGUUCGUCGGCUCGCCGUACCUGGACGCUCUGGAGGGACUGACGGGCCGGGGGCUCUUCAUCUCGGACAUCCCGCUGCACGACGCCACCCGCGACGUGAUCCUGGUCGGCGAGCAGGCGCGCGCGCAGGACGGACUGAGACGGCGCAUGGACAAGCUCAAGUCAUCCAUCGUGGAGACCACGCAGGCCGUGGACCAGGAGCGGGAGAAGAACGUGAGCCUGCUGCAUCUCAUCUUCCCGCCGCACAUCGCGCGCCGCCUCUGGCUGGGCGAGCACAUCGAGGCGCAGGCGCACGACCACGUGACCAUGCUGUUCAGCGACAUCGUGGGCUUCACGUCCAUCUGCUCCACGGCCACGCCCAUCAUGGUCAUCAACAUGCUGCAGAGCCUCUACACGCAGUUCGACCUGUUCUGCGGACAGCUCGACGUUUACAAGGUGGAGACGAUCGGCGACGCGUACUGCGUGGCGGCGGGCCUGCACAAAGCCAGCACAGAGCACGCGUGCCAGAUGGCGUGGAUGGCGCUGCGGAUGCUGGACGCGUGCUCCGAGCACCGCACUCACGACGGCGAGCCCAUCCGGGUGAGUGUGAACGCGGAUCGUUAAAACUAAACGUGUCCCAAACGCGCCCCUCUACCGGAGGCGGGCCAACCUUUUUGUUUGUGUUUUACUGGCCGGUCCAGGCUCUUCAUGAACAUGAUGUGGUGCCGUCGGAGACACUGCCAUCGAUACUUUCCCUUUGCAUCCUAUUUUUCUUCCCGCGCCCCUGCAUCUCUUGAAUACCGCUUCCUGCGCCACAAGCUCCGCGCCCCCGCAGACUGCACGGCGGCGGCAGCCGGACUCGCUUCG